GAGACGCAGACGCACCUGAACGGCGUCGAUGAUGUCACAUGCAGCUCGGAGGUGCUUGCUCUCGUCAAGCGUAUCAAUACCCAGAUAUUCCAUACCGCCGCCACAAUAUCCGACGACUUCCAGGACUCCUACGGCACACAGAAGUAUGGACCUAUCGUUAACAUGGCGCUCCCCUCGAUCCUAUCCGCGAGUGACCACCGCACCGACCCCACCCUUGUUCAGAUUGCGCUUCAAGGAGCGCUCGCGAUGAUGGUCUUCAACUUUGCUUCUCCGUGGUUCACCUCUCUUGAGAAGCAGACUGCAUUUCUUCACUCUAUAUACGUGGAGAUGUGCAGGCAUGAACUUCAGUCCGUCUCCGAGCAGUGGAGGACAAUGGCGCUCACCUACACACGCGCUAUCAUCCCCGAGAAGGGACAGAGUGUAUCCGUGCCCGCCUUGAUGAUGAUCGACUGCGUCACCGACGUACUCCUGGCAUGCGGCGUAGAUGGGUCUCCAGAGCAAGUCCGCAGAUCCGUCAGGUUGCACCACGCCGAGCGGCUGAAGCAGGUCGCCACGCAAGUCCUCGAUUUACGCUGUAUGUCAGGAGGACAAAUCGUGUCUGGCGAUCUACAGGUCUUCCCCAUCUGGCCGCCUGCGUCGUUUGAUCCCGCGUGUAUGGAGGACGAGUGGGCGGAGGUGAAGAGACCGGAAAACACAGAGUAUCCCGCAGGUAACAUCCUGUGCACGACGAACUUGGGGGUUAUCCGGCGCGAACGUAGGGCCAAGCAGGACGAGGACGAUGGGCCAAUGCGGGAGGUGGUGUUGCUCAAGCCCAAGGUUGUCUUGCACAGAACCUUGCGAGAGCUG